AUGCGUCUCUCUGAAGCUUCACGCCUCGCACUUCGUCAAGUACGAGGCGCUUUUGUUCGUACUUAUGCCUCUACGAGUGCAGAGUUAACAACCAUCACGCUCCCAGAGGAUUCUAUCAUACCACACAAUAUUGAGCCACCGUCGCUUGAAGUGCAGGUGACAAAGGAAGAGGUAGUCGAUUUAUAUAAGCAAAUGGUAACAAUAAGGAGAAUGGAAACCACUGCGGACGGCCUGUAUAAAUCGAAACAGAUCAGAGGUUUUUGUCAUUUGUGUACUGGACAGGAAGCAAUUCCGGUUGGCUUAGAAGCUGCAAUUACACCAGACGACCAUGUAAUAACUGCUUAUAGAUGCCAUGGGUUUGCCAUGGUCCGUGGUGCUACUCCCUAUCAAGUCCUUGCCGAGUUAAUGGGAAAGGUUACGGGCUUAUCUCGUGGCAAGGGUGGAUCCAUGCAUAUGUUUGCAAAGAAUUUCUAUGGCGGGAAUGGGAUUGUUGGAGCUCAGGUUCCAGUAGGGACGGGAAUAGCUUUUACGCAAAAAUACUUAAAUACCGGAGCAGCAACUUUUGCAUUAUAUGGCGAUGGUGCAGCAAACCAGGGACAAGUAUUUGAAGCUUAUAAUAUGUCUGCGCUCUGGAAACUGCCCAUAGUAUAUGUAUGCGAGAACAAUCUUUAUGGAAUGGGUACAUCUGCAAACCGAAGCUCGGCUAAUUCUAAAUACUACACGCGAUGCGAAUACAUACCGGGAUUACGAAUGAACGGCAUGGACGUUUUAGCAGUACGCCAAGCCUGUAAAUUUGCUAAAGACUGGGUGACUGCCGAAAAGGGUCCCUUGAUCCUUGAAAUGGUAACCUAUCGCUAUGGUGGUCAUUCAAUGUCCGAUCCAGGUACAACAUAUCGAACGCGCGAAGAAAUCAGCCACAUGCGUAGUGCAAAUGAUCCAAUCACUGGAUUACGUCAACGAAUACUAGAUCACAAUUUAGUUUCAGAUACAGAGCUUAAGCAGAUAGAGAAGGACGCACGAAGUUACAUAGAAGAAGAAAAACAGAAAGCGUUAAAAGACGAUUUUCCCAGCCCAUCGGAUUUAUAUACAGACGUCUAUCUGAAGGGAAGCGAAGGGAAGCCUUUACGAGGAAGAGAGAGGGAGGAAAUUUUUUAUUUCCAAUAA